AUGACUACCACUCCAAGCUUGGCAGAUGAGCCAUACACCCCACCACGUUGGACCAUAGACCUUUCCCUCAAUCCGAGAGAUCGAUAUCGGGAGCUUGCAGAACACUACAAGGACCAACUCCAAGAGCUUACGGGUCUGUUCGACGAACUUCUGCACGAUAUAGCAGUCCCCUCGAAAUGGAUACCAACAGUAAAUCGUGCAUCGCGCCUACUGCUGCGAAGGUUGUAUGAGAAGUCACAAACAGAAGAAAUCCAAGGCAUUUCAGAGGAAAGUGGAGUGCCAAUGUAUCUCUUGAUUGCAUUCAAUGUCAUUCUCGAUCUGCUUAUGGGAUGCACAUCAGGAGGGGUCAAGAGCCUGGAAAAGGGUCAGCUACUGUCAGCAGCGAAAAUGCUGCACUUCAGAACGUUGGAUUGGUCGAUGGACCCGUUGAGACGAGUUGUGGUUCAGCUCGAUUUCGUCAAGAGUAAGUCCACAGCGCCAGAGAGGGUCAUAGCUACCAGUAUCACCUACGUUGGCUUCACUGGAGUUCUGACAGGUGUCCGACCUGGACUGUCGAUGUCGUUGAAUUUCAGAGGUAUACACGAAAACAGUACGAAGAUGGCUCAAUUCCGGUUCUACUUGCAUCAUCUGUUGGUCCUCCUUGGAAGACGUCCUUCGAUCGCGACUCACCUCAGGAAAUACUUAACCGGAGACCACGAAGCUGUUGAGGCGUCGUCACGGUCAAGAUGGUCACGAAUGAGUAAUGCGAACCAGAAUAUGCAGGCCAGUCGACCAUUACGCCUCGCCGAAAUUCAUGAUGACUUGUGCAAGCACCACACCACAGCCGCAUAUCUCAUAUUCAGCGAUGGCGAUACCACAGUCUCAAUCGAUAAGGAUUUCCAGACUGCCAAACCGAGACAGUCACAGAGCUUCAUAGCGACCACCAACCAUGACGUGCUGCAGCACGGCACAGAACAGAAGGAAAAUGCGAUACUGGCUGGUGACAAUGCAGUAGCUGUGAGACGCGUCGCUGGGCUCGAGGAGUUCAUUGACGAGAGUGAGGAUCGCUUGAAGUGUAUCGCCGAUCGAUGGAAGCGGCAUCUUGCAAAACAGCGCAAAGAGGUAUCGGAAAAUGGCCAUUUUGCUCAGGCCCAGGACUCUGCGCAUGGCGCAACUCUGACCAGCCGGCAGGUCGUAAAUUGGGUAUCGAAGUAUCCAACCACGAAUGAGGCCACGCAUUAUGCAGCCGUGAUGGACCCUAGAGCUGGUAGAGUGAUAUGGUGCCUGGCAUAUCCUGAGCCACCGAGCUAG